GCCGUCGGCGCCUCCGCAGAUCACCGUCUCCCCUCCUCCCCCGCCGCGACUACUGACGCGUCGAGCCAUUCGCUCAGCCCGUUGCAGCGAGCAACUUGCUACUCGCGAGGACGUUGUGUCCUCUCUUCUGGUCUUGAGCAUGCUCCACGCUUGUCAGGAGCAACUCACCCUCCAUGUCGCUGCACUGCGUCGCCUUCUCACCAUCCUAAUCGCACCCUCCCGAUCAUCCCGGUACGACUCGGGACCUCCAUGAGGGUGUACUCAGCGCUGUGGGAUUCCGGUUCUCAGGGCGAUUUCAUUCACCCACGCGUGGUGAAGGAAGCCCGCUUACCCACGACAGGGUCUCCGACUCCCAUCUCCGUUACCCUAGGGGAUGACAAGAUCCAGUGCUUCUUCGAUCAGACGGUCACCGACCUCCCCUUCUUCCUCACUCUCGAGCCGACCGAGCGUUCCCCGGCGUCUCGUCGCCACCGCUCCUCUGCACAUUUCGAUGUGAUGGAGACGGGGUACGACUUCAUUCUCGGCAGUCCGAGGUCUCGUCGGUUCCGCAGCACCGAGGCCGAUUGGGCGACCAACACUUUCGUUCUCAAAACGAAGUGUGGACAGACGUAUCGCGUACCUUUCAUAGGUACCACGGCGACACCACGCCCCGAUCCUCCUCCCCCGGAACCUUCAGUGCCCACACCAUCUCCCUCUAUCACUGUCACCUCGCCUCGGCAGUUCGCUCACUUCAUUCGACAGGACGACGUCACCUUCUUUAUGGUGGACGUGACGGAUCUCUUACACUAUGAUCCACCCUGUCCCGACGCCGAGCUCAUCCCUCUGGACCCAGAUCCCCCCUCUAUCUCCAUGGCUCCCAUCUCUACUUCCGUCCCUCCGCCGUCCGUCGAGUCCACCCCGCCGUCGAGGGCUGACGCUGACGCUGCGGAACUCGCACGGUAUACGGCUAACUUGGAGCCCGCAGUUCGUGACCUCAUCCGAGAGUACCACGACGUUCUCCCAUCGUCAUUCUCGUACGCCGGCAUCCCACCGAUGCGUGACGUCGAGCACUCCAUUCAGCUCGUGCCUGAAUAUCGUGUUCACCACCAGGCACCCUACAGACUCUCGAUCCCCGAGGCCACCGAACUCAAGCGUCAGCUUGAGGAGCUCCUGAGACUGGGUUUCAUUAAACCCAGCAACUCCCCGUGGGGUGCACCCGUCCUCUUUGCUCGCAAAGCGGAUGGCACUCUUCGUCUCUGCAUCGACUACCGCGGCCUUAACCGCUACACGGUUAAGAACGACUACCCCAUUCCUCGUUCCGAUGAGCUGUUCGACCGCCUAGCAGGCAACCGCUUCUUUACGAAGAUUGAUCUUCGUAGCGGUUACCAUCAGAUGCGCAUCGCUGCAGCCGACCAGCCGAAGGCCGCGUUCCGCUCGCGAUUCGGCCACUACGAGUUCACGGUGAUGCCAUUCGGCCUCACCAACGCACCCGCUACCUUCCAGAGGGCAAUGAACGACAUCUUCAGGGACAUCCUGGAGCAGUACGUUCUCGUCUACCUCGACGAUAUCCUGGGGCCAUGGUAAUUAAUCUUCUCUGUAUCAAUCCAAUUUUAACGGAUGUCCCGAAGGACCCUUGAUUCUCCUUGUGAGGAUAAUGUAUUUGCUAUUUUGGAUC